UAAGUCAGAGGAUGUUUGCCCCGAAUCGGGUAUAAAACGAACCGCGGCGCGGCAAAUCGGCACAGUCAUCUUCAAAUCGCUCCCAAGUGCACCAGGCUAACGGUCAACGGCUGGAAUCAUGAAUCUAUAUGUGCUCCUGGCGGUGGUAUCGGUGUUCCUGAACUUCAUUCACGCAGCGCCCAGUGUGGAUAUUUCCAACGACGAACUGCUGGAUGGAAAAUAUCUUUGUGAAGCUGGCUCGAAGAAGUACGAUGGACCCUUUAUAGUGAGAUUGAUUUCGGCUGCCAAUGGACAAACGGUCGUCUGCUACGAGUGCAGCCAGUCGGAGUUCAAGACGAAGUACUCGGUGAAGCAGUGCGCGCCCGGCAAGAUCGGGUCUGGCCACCACCGCGACCUGGUGCCCUACCUGGUGAGGAUGGACCCCCUGUACAAGGACACCUGGAGCAGUAAGCUCAAGCGGAACUUCGACGAGAUCGACAAGGCCUCCGCCAGCUUCAGCAUCCUCAACCAGCUCGUCUAGUGAUACCUCCGAUAGCGCGUGAAUGUUAAUGCCCACGGAUACGGAUACGGAUACGGACUCUGAUAGCAGAAAUACACUAAAAUGCUUCAUGUCAAGGGACUAUAGAAAAUAAAGCAGGUGCAUCCUGGUAGAAUAGCCAAAAUAA